AUGCUAAAACUAAAUGAAUACAUAGAGAAGCAAAGGAUUUACAAUGAUAUAAGUACUGGUGUAGAUAGCUUGGAUAAGCUACUACGACAAAGUCUACCAUUCAAAAACACAAUAUAUGAUUUUCAAUCCUCGCCCAAUUGUGAUGGAAUGUUUAUAGUUACUGCUUCAAUAAUAAUUUCACAUUUAAAGCGCGGUCGAAAAGUCAUUAUCAUUGAUACAGGUUGGAACAAAUUUUCAUCAUUCCAUUAUCUCAAAUAUCAUUCUAAAUAUGAAGAUACUUUCAAAAGCCAAAUAACGUAUUAUCGGAUUGAUACUUUUGCCAAACUAUAUUACAAAAUCUCACAGAUCAAAGAUCCAGACGUAUUAAUUAUUUUAAACGGAUUUCAACAAUCAAUUGAGUUUUAUAAAUUGGAAUUGUCUUUAACAUAUGAAGAGUAUAGGAAUAAACAUAGAUUGGAGCAAUAUCUCACAUUAAGAAACAAUAAGUUGAAUAAUUUGAAUGAAGCCAUACCACAAAUAUCAUCCUCAUCUCAGCUAUUCAAUGUAAGUCCCACAACUAAAUUUGAGAGUCAUUUGAACUCUUUCAUAGCGAAGCUCACACAACUAUGCAUAAAUCUUAAUGGCAUGGUCAUAAUGUGUGGAUUUUUGGAUACUAAAUUUAGACAAUUUAAGACAAUUUCCAGUCAAGAAAAUAUACCAUCAUCUCAAUUAUCGGCUCAAGGUAAAAACCGAGUGGUGUUAAGCCCUAGGAUCUUUCAUAAAUCUAUAGACUCAAGACUUAUAUUUUUUAAAGAUUGGUAUCAUAAAACACCUCAUUUUUUAAACAAUCAACCGAUCGAUGAUAAAAGAUCAAUAACUAUAAAUCAAUCGAUUUUGAGAUUUGUCAACGCGGUCAAAGUAGAAGUACGAGAUAAGUUAUUUGCGCCAGUUUACUUCGAUGUUGAUGAGGAAUUUUAUCAUGAAGAUGAGGAGGAUAAGGAAGAACUUGUAUUUGAUGAUAUUAUAGAUUUGUCGGAUUUAAAAAUUGCUCAAAAUGUUCCUCCGACGUCUUCACCACCUAUAGAUUCCACAGUUAUUAAUAUUACCGCCACUGAUGUAGUACAGGAUGAGAUACAAGAGGUCGAGGAGGUUAUAGAUGAAUCUGAAGAGGAACAAGUUCAAGAGAUAAGGAGCGCUACCAAUUAA